CGCUUAUUUGAUUCGACCCCCAACAGAGAGACUCUGUAAAGAUUUCAUCUUGAUAUCGUGUAAGGCUUAUUUGACACCAUAGGCUUGAAAAGGGAUCUGUCAGUGUCACCGGGAAUCAACGUUUGGAAUGGAUGUCGUUUCUUUCUGAUUUUUCUGCUAAUGGAAUGCAAUUUUGAUGCUGAACUAUGAACUAUUUUGAUAACUGAAUUCGUAAGCCUAUCAAUCGUGGUGAUUCGUUCACCCUGCGCUGAAGCUUAUGCUUCUCAAGUGAAUUUGCUAUCUUCGCUGUAGCUUAUGCUUCUCGGAACGGUGUCUCCCUUUUUCACCAAUUUCAGGAUGCAAAUCAUUAGGAAGACAAUUCUGAGCCACAUUAGGCUGAGGGUAAUUCCUCAACAAUGGUUGCCUUAUCAGAGGGCUGCUGUGUUGAAGCAACUGCAAAUGCCAUAUUGUGCUGCUACAGGUGCAAUGCCUGAGCAGGUUAUGGACCGUGUGAUUGGACUGGUUAAGAAGUUCGAUAAAAUUGAUGCCAAUAAGGUUACUGAAAAUGCCGAUUUCCAGAAAGAUUUAUGCCUGGACAGUCUAGAUAGGGUGGAGCUUGUGAUGGCUUUCGAGGAGGAGUUCGUUAUUGAGAUCCCCGAUGAAGAUGCCAACAAACUCUGUUGCUGUGCUGAUGUUGCCAAAUACAUAUCUUCUGGCAACAGUGAAUAAAGAGUUCCCAGCUUGCAAUCGGUAUGCCAUGGAGCUCCGAAGGAAGAUCGAUCGUGAAGUCUCCGAAUUCGUCUGUCACGGUUUGUACAGAAGUUGAUCUCCUUUGGUUCCCUCUGCUUAGGCAGUUGACAGCCACCAAAGCACCUGCAGAAAUGAUGAAUUGAUGUUUGAAUUAAAUUGAAGAUGAAAUGUGGCAUUAUCAUUGGUAAUGACUGCAUUUUUUAUUUAUUUCAUUCAAUAGGGGGUGAAUUGAAAUCGAUUAGUGAUGUUAACUAAAGUCAUCAUUUAUGUGCUAAUGCGAAUUUACUUCUGUAAUAUUCUAUCAAGGAAAUAGAUCUUUGAGCAAAUUUAUGGUGAGAGGUAGCUGUG